UAGAAAAAUGUAUUCAUGCGCGAGUUAAAUAUAGACAAACCUAACCACCCAUGUAUUUAACCUCUGUCUAGCGACCUACGUACGGGUAUUCAUUGCCUUGAUCAGUUAAGCAAUCAAACUGGACUGAGAUCAUUACGGAGAUAAUGUACCUACUCUGUAUGCAAUAAAAUAAAAAUGACCAAUUCAACGCCAUCACCACACGUUACACCGCAAGAUGUGGUUCACUCAGAAGUUGAGAAGUGGCAGUACUUGGAGUGGCUGCAGGGUAUCAACAACAGCGCCAACAUCCCGUCCUUUGUGCUGCUCUCUGUCCUGACCAUCUGUGGCGUCUUCGGCAACUCGCUCAUCCUAAUGGUGUACUCACGUAAAGUUAACAAAACACCGACGGUCACUCUCAUACAGGUCAUCGCAUUCGUGGACCUGAUGACAAAUCUUUUCAUUAUUCCAGGCACGAUCUACACCAUUCUACACACCGUGACCUACACUAACGUCAUCGUGUGUAAGGGCUACUACUUUCUCAACAGUUUUACAGCCUGGACAUCAGCUGUGUUACUGGUCAUAGUGGCCAUAAUAAGGUACCGGAAAAUUUGCAGACCGUUUGGAAGACAAAUCACCAUCAAGGAAGCAAGAGUUAUCUGCGCCUGUGCUAUGGGCCUGUCCCUUCUCUUCAGCAUCCCAUUCGGUGUGUUGUAUGGUCUAGUGGUCAGCAAGACUGGACUCCCUGACACCUACAAGUACAACUGCGGCAUCGCUGACCAGUACAGCGGCACCAUCUGGCCCAAACUGUCCCACGGUUUCUACGUUCUGGUUGUCGUGACGUGCUGUAUCACCCUCUCAACUCUCUACAUUCUCAUUGGCUUAGCGGCACGGAGACACGCGCUAAGGAAGCUUGGAGAAACAAUGAGUGUUGGUUUGGAUGGUAAAACACAGAGAAAUACACUUUCACGUGAUAUUGUCUUACAACAACGAUCGUCAACAAGUUGUGAUAAAGACGAGAGUUCGGUAGGAUCAAAUACAAGUCAAGACACGAUUGUUAGCGUCGUUAGUGACGGCAGUAGUAAAGUCUCCAUCAACGCAAAGAACACCAGAAGUAAACCAACAAACACGAGUGGCGCCCAUGAUGCCCUGGAUAUCAAACGGGAGACAGUCACUGUUAAACAUGAGACCCGCACUGCUAAACCAGAGUUUCAGAAAACUAAACAUUGUCACAUCGAAGCAAAACACACCGUCGAAUCAAACGCCUGCAGUGGUUACAUAACCACCAACGAAUCAAGCAGGAAAGACUCCGCCUCCUCUGUAGCUCCAAUACUUCCUACAGCCAGCACCAAGGGAAGGAACUCUAACUGUUUAUUGAUGGGAAAAACGACCCGCAUGCUACUGGCUACCAGCGUCACCUACAUCGUGAGCUACAUGACAACCAUCACCAUCCUACUGCUCAUGGCUGCCACUACACUCCUCGACCACCCAACAUUAGCUGGAGCAGUGCUCAUCAAUUUCUUUGUCGUGUUCUAUCUGAUCAACAGUGCCGCUAAUCCGAUUAUUUACAGUAUUUGUAACCCAAACUUUAGACAUGACUGUGUUCUUAUGUUUAAACAGUGUUGUGUUAAAUACUGUAAAAUCUGAUUGUUGUGACAUACAUGAUGAGUGUAAUGUUCUAUAAGUACUAACAUGAUGUAAUUGUACUAAAAACACAAUUUUCAAAGAGAUUACACACUAUUUAUGUCGCUGUACUUUUACAUUUUUUCAAGUUUUUGUAAGAAGUUCCCUUUUCGAACCAGGCGGUCAAUAAGGCAAUUAAAGUAGAGUUUACCUGUUUCUAUGACCUCGGCAUAUAAAGGGACAGUGUGGUCUCCACUUGACCAGCCGUCUUUACUUUUCGGAACGUGAAUUAGGUACCCAUCAGAGCUGGGUGGACUCAGUGACGGUCUACUGACUUGAACCUUGAUUCGAACUCCAGACAUGUCUGGUGAAAUGUUGAGCGAUAGGCUAUAAAUUUUUUAAAAUGAUUACGUAUGAAAAACAAACAUGUAAUAUCAUCACGGAGAACAAGACGCUUAAAGUCUGAAAGUUGAGUUGUUCUACGAGGUUUUGGCUUACACAUUUAAACCAAACAACUCAGCAUGGACUGUAAUUUCAGACACGUAUUUAUUUUAUUGAAUGACUUAACCGAGAUUUAAUCCAACAUUGGACUUUUGCAAUCCCCUGAGCAGCACUCUAUGGCUAUGAUUUUUUAAUUCAUUUAAUGACAAGUUUGAUUAAGUUAGUUUGAAUACCAGUAAAGAAUUUUUGUUGUUUUAAUUGUUUGUACUACAAUUGUAGGAAUUCAGAGCAGAAAGCGCAAGGGGAAGUAACGCUGGAAAAACUUAAAAAACUAACAAAACAACUUACUGUCCUUGUAUAUAUAAUUUUCUCUUCACAAUUUAAAUAUUUACUUUAGAAUUUAAACAAAUAGAAUGUGGAAACAAUAAGGAAGGAAUGGCCGAGUGGUAUAGUGGCCGACUGAGUUCGGAUCCCAGUGUGGACUCACCACUGGGCAACAUACCUGACUCACGUUAGGGAGAGUAAUUGGGGCCGGGGAUUCCUUCAUAGGCCGAGGCCGAUAAACUCUACUUCAUAUGCCCAAUGGAUCUGAAGGGGGAACUUUGGUGGUGAUGCAUUUGGAAAUUUGCAUAAGAAAUCUUUGUAUCUGCUUGUAUGAAAACAUGUUGAUAUAUAAAUCAUAUAUAU